UCAACGAAUAAUAGAAUAGUGCGAAGAGGAAAGUCAUUUCAAUAAGCUUUUUCGUCAGAAGUUUUCGAAAAGAGCGAGACUAUGUAAAUAUAAUAUGGCUCAGUGCUCCAUGGGCACCAACUCAUGUGAAAAAGCCUUUAAGAAACUACUGAAUAAUAAUCUUAAAAUGUUUACGAUGUCCAAGCUUCCAUAAUUAUAAAUGCAAUCAUUAUUCCCGGUCCUUUCAUGUACGUCAUAUAAAAAUUGUAGAUAUAUUUGAUAUAAUGUUAAUAAAAGGAAAUACAGAUAUGAGUAAAUGUGAGCUAGAAGUACCAUAGAUGUGAAUGAAUAAUUCGAAUCAUUCCAUAAUCAUACAGUUCCUCUAAAUGAUUACUAUAGUUUUGUGAACUUAUAAUUGUUAUAAUGUACAUUCUAACGCAAAUAUUUUUGACACAUUUAUUAUUUUCGUAUCUUGUAAUUGGUGGUCCGGAAGAGGAACAAGGUGUUAAAUAUGCAAAUAAAUGCGAAGUUUGCAAAGUUGUGGCUAUCGAAUUAGAGGCUAAAUUAGAUGAAACCGGUAAAACGCACGAUGUACUUGAAAUUGGAUAUUCUGUUGAUGAUGUUUCACCCAAGAGGAAAAAGGAAUACAAAAAAUCAGAAUUACGUUUAGUAGAAAGUAUGGAAAAUCUGUGUGAACGUAUAUUGGAAUAUAAUAUUCACAAGGAACGUACAGAUAGUACACGAUUUGCCAAGGGAAUGAGUCAAACAUUUAAAACACUUCAUGGACUUGCGCAUAAAGGUGUCAAAGUUGAUCUAGGAAUCCCAUAUGAAUUAUGGGAUAAACCAUCUGUUGAAAUUACUACUUUAAAAUCACAAUGUGAAGAUUUAAUUGAAAAUCAUGAGUCUGACAUUGAAGACUGGUAUCAUAACUAUCAAGGAAAAGUUCCAUUAACUAGGUAUUUGUGUUCAGAAAGAGUAUUAAAGGAUAAUGAUGAUUCUUGUCUGAAAGAAAAAGGUGAUACUAGUGGUGAAGUUAAAAAGAAAAAGAAAAAGAAGAUGCAAGUUGCAAAAGUUGAAAACAAAGAAAAUGAUGUGAAAGAAGAACUAUAAACUAUUCCAAAAAAUUAUCAUCAUUAUUAUUGUUAUUGUUAUUACUAUAAUUCAUCAGUGAAACACUUUUAAUUCAUAAUAGAAAAAUUAAUGGCAACAUAUAAAAAAGAUAAAGUGACUUAAAAAAUAUAAGUAGAAUAAUAUUAUGUAAUAAUAUUUUCUGAAGCCAGCUUUUUCUAUUAAAAAUUUUAAUAUCAUCUUUUUAUAUUUGAUCUAUAAAUAAUAUAAAUAGUGCCCUAUGAUUGCCAUAAUUAUUAUGUUAAUAUACUUACCUUUUAAUUAAAUAAACAAUUUUACAUUCAUUAAAAAUCGUGGACAUUUAAUUUAAGUUAUUAUAGUAUUAACUUGAAGAUAGCUACAUAAAAAUAAGAUAUAUUUCAAAUACAUAUUAUAUUUUCUAUUUCA